UCGUUCUCUCAGUUUGUAUUCAGUAUCCACCUCGUAUCGGUGGAUACGUUCGGUUCUUAAUUCCUAAGUUGAACGAUCAUUCGUUUUUCAACUCGUGAAAUACCGUCCCAUCCGUACGAGCACGUUGUCCGAGCCGGAGCUAGUUACAGACCGAACGACGACUGUAGUGCCGAUUGUGUCAUUUGUUGACAGUGCUUCUGAAACAAAGACCAGGCAACAAUGCUGCCGCUGCGAUUUGUUGGUCUAUUGGUGUUACUUCUCGCCGUGCAGGGUUGGUGUAAACCGGCUAAGAGCUCGGAGGGCGAGGACUACAACGACGAUGAUCCACCGUCUGAUUACAACGACGACGACACUGUCGACGAUGUAGAUGACGCUGGCGCGUUCGAGGAACCACCGGCUAUCAUGUCCAGGCCUGAAUCUAUACAGGUGAGGAACGGGAGCACGAUCUCGUUGCCUUGUCUCCUGAGAAAUGCAGACAGUUUCGCGGUGACAUGGAAAAAGGACGACGAGUUCCUGUUUUACGACUCGAAUCCGAUGAAAAAGGAUUACAGGAUGGUUCGUCUGCCAAACAACACUCUGGUGAUUCACAAUGUAACGGCCAACGACACGUCCAACUCUUACGAGUGCAGUAUUCUGAUCGAACCACCGCUUACGAUUAAACACAGAGUGCUGGUCUAUUCUGAAAGAGGGCCGAUUUCACCAUCGCCGACGCAACCUCAUAAAGAGCCUCCGAUACGUGUCACUCCUGGGAAAAAGGUUGAGAUAAAGGCUGGUAAAAAUCUUACCCUUGGUUGCGAGACGAAUAUAGAACCGACACCUGAAAUUAAAUGGUAUUACGAGAACGAGAGAAUUCAUAACCAUACAAUCUCUGGAAACCAUAUAACUAUCACGAAUAUUACCAAACAUAACGGAGGACGUUAUCAAUGUUUGGCUGAAAACGGUUCAGAUAAUCCACCUGUGGAAGCUAUCAACGUGGUUGUUAACUAUGCUCCAGAAAUAGAGACAAAGGGGAAAUCAGUGCAUACCGGACUUGGGGUUGAAUCGUGGUUAACGUGUAUCGUGCACGCUCACCCGCAUGCUAAAGUGGUAUGGUUGAAGGAUGAAGAGGAGGUGGUGCCGAAAAAAGGCAGCAUAGAGAUCAAGGGUAACAAAACCAAGCAUGUCCUCGAGAUUCUGCAUACAGAGAAGGAACACUUCGGCAACUACACGUGCGUGGCGGAGAACAAAGUGGGACGGGCUGAGAAAACCAUUUCCCUUACCGGUAAUUUUCUCGUCCCUUUGAAGAGAAGAUUUGAAAGUCUUCCUUCUCAAGCGAUUAUUUCUGGUGGUGAGAUGGCGAGGACCGCCACGGGAUUUAUAUUGAAAUGGCAAUUGGAGAGUUACUCGCCAAUUACUGAAUACAAGUUGAAGUACCGUCGCAAGGGAGAAGAAACUUGGAUCACUCUGAAGCCUGCAGUAACAAACGGCAAAGGCAAUCAAUUCAUUGUUGAACACACAAUCGAAGGACUUCAGCCUGGAUCGUACGAAGCGAUCCUUAUGGCUAGAAAUGAUUUCGGAUGGUCUACACCGUCUAAACCGCAUACGUUUAUAGGAGAAUACGAAGAUGAACAGGCUGAGAAUGUUAAAGGAUCGCCAUCGAGUGCAUCUCACCCUGCGUUAGCCAUUGCAACAUUAUUCCUAGUCGUUUCGUCCUGUGCCUUCAGAAGUCUGUAAUUUACCGAACUCCUUAAACUAUGUAGGUAAUUUGCUGCAGCCAAAGCGUACACCAGCAAAUGCAAUGGUGGAUUUAGUGAAACAAGAAUGUCUAGGAGAACUGUACGUUGCUGGUGUAAUAUAUUUUUAAAAAUAAUGUAUUAGUUAUACUUAUUUUAGGCAAAUGCUAAACGAUCUAUGUGUUCCAUGUAGUAGAAUAAUGA